AUGACAAUUGACCAAGACACCACUAUGUCUGAUAUUCCGGCGGUAUCCACGUCCACAUCCUCCCCUUUCGAGAAAGUCCCUCUCGAAGUCCUCCUACGGAUAACCCAUUUCCUCACAACCCCCGAACUGGGCAAUGUCCGUCUCACAUGCCGCGCAAUCGAGCAGUCCUUGUACACCACCUUUGUCAAUGAGUUCUUCACCAGGAAGCAGUUUAUGAUCUCAACAAUGAGUCUGCAGGCCUUGAUUGACAUCUCAAAGAGUCGCCUCGGUGGCCAUCUUCGCAAGGUCCAUAUCGGCACUGAUCGCUUCGCUCAUGCUCUUCAAGUCAACGGCCAUAGUGCCCGAACCGACAAGCAGACGGAUCUUUACACCGACCAAUUCACGAUGCUGGCCACAGGCGAUCAUGUGUUGAUGCUUGCCGAAGCGUUUAGAACCCUCAGUAACCUGGAAGAUAUCGUCAUUCGUGAUUUCAACUCCAACAGACGUUCUCGCGAUGGUCACAACAAGCAAUGGACGAGUUACGGAUCAACUACAGCGUUCAGAGAAACCGGGCAUCGGCCUGGUCAAAGCAGCGGCCUAGCUUGGGGUCCCGACACGUCGACCGCAUAUGGUAGCACCGUUUUCGCUUCUGUGCUCUGCGCUCUAGGGCAAGCCAACGCAAGACCAAAGGGCAUCGAGCACAUGUCGAGAUCCAAGAACCACUUGCGAGACUGUGCAUUCAACAUUUCUUCUUCUAGGUUGCCCUCCGUCACCCCGGUCCUCGAAAACCUUGAGAAGCUACACAUUGACGUCGAUUUGCUCGGUGGCAGCGAUUUCUCCAGUGACGAUGCUGCCGGUCACUCGCCAAGCGCGGAUAAGAAGCUGCGCGAAUUUCUCCUCAAAUUGAAGAACAUCAGACACCUUCGUAUCAACGAGACGCACAGCAGCGUAACUGGACCGGGCAUGCUUCUCAAAUGGCUUGGAGAGGAUUCUUCCCCAACGAGUCCUUCCCCGAUGGGCCCUUCCCCAGAAUACCCUUACAUUGAAGAGCUCAAUUUCGGCAUGAUGAACGUGGAACCCCAGCAUCUAAUCGCCGUUGCCCAGAAAUUCGCGCCCUCCCUCAAACGCCUAGAGUUGCACAAGGUCACUCUUCGAAGACACCUGCCAAACGGUCACACAGGACCCCUUCCAAAGGUCAAUUUCUGGAAUAAAUUCCUAGGAAAGCUAAAGGAAGUCCCUGGCCUCGAUUUGCACCACAUCAAAGUCAGCCUACCUCAACAGCAAUGGAUCUCACGGGCAUCCCGGGUUUAUGUUUCCUUUGGGGCCAAUUUCUGCCAAUAUACAGGGACCGAUUGGAAGCACUUUGUAGAGCACGAGAUGAUGCCUAAAGUGACCGUGCAGUGGCCACACGAUGAGAGUGCUAGUGACGACGGCGAAGAAAGCGAUGGUAUUUGGGAUCAAUAUGCGUUUGACUUAUAA